AUGGACAAAAGUUGGGUUCAUUUAGAUCGCCGCAGUCCGGAAUACUAUGCUAGUUUGAAAGUGUUUUUAGAUGGUGCUCCCAAAAGUUACCCUGGAAAUGAGAUAGUUUGUCCAUGUACAAGAUGUAAAAAUCGUGAAAGCUUUGAUAGAAGAACUGUUGAGCAACAUCUUGUUGUGAAAGGAAUGUGGCCUUUUUAUAUGAAUACUAGGUGGAAGGAGCAUGGAGAGUCUUAUGCUGAAUAUAGGGAUAAAAUGGAAUUACAAAAUAGUGGAGGUGCAGAUAUAGAAGGCAUGCAAGAGUUCCUUAACGAAACCUUUGUGCAGCCAACAAUUGGAGAAAAUGUUGGGUUAUCAAGUCAACCACAUAUAUUUGAGGGACCAACACCUGAGGCUGAAAAGUUUUAUAAAUUACUUGAAGAUGCAAAUAAAGAGGUGUACCCUGGAUGUAAGAAGUUUAAGAAGUUGGAGGCCGUUGUGAGAUUGUACCAACUGAAGUGUUUAGGGGGUUUGAGUGACAACAUUUUCUCCAAGUUAUUGGAGUUUAUUAAAGAAUUAUUGCCUGAAGGGGAGUGUUUGCCAGAUUCCUUUUAUCAAACCAAGAAGCUCAUAAAUGAGUUGGGCCUCAAAUAUGAGAAGAUUGAUGCUUGUCCCAAUGAUUGUAUGCUAUUUUGGAAAGAUAGAGCAAACUUGAAAGUGUGCUCUCAGUGUGGUACCUCAAGAUAUAUUCAGAAAGAAUCUGAGAAAUCUAGUACGCCAGUCUCGGCUAAGGUUCUUCGCUAUUUUCCCUUAACACCUAGAUUGCAAAGGUUAUACAUGUCGAAACAUACUGCCUUAGAUAUGAGAUGGCAUGCAACCGAAUGUCCUAAGGAUGGAUUCAUGAGGCACCCAUCAGAUUCUCCUGCAUGGAAGCAAUUAGAUUUAUUGUACCCUGAAUUUGGGUCAGAGAGCCGUAAUGUACGCUUAGGGCUCGCGAGUGACGGAUUUAAUCCAUUUGGAAAUAUGAGUACAGCUCAUAGCACUUGGCCAGUUGUCCUUUCAGUUUAUAAUCUUCCUCCAUGGAUGUGUAUGAAACAGUCCAAUUUAUUUUUAACACUGCUAAUUCCAGGACCUCGAGGACCCGGAAAUGAUAUGGAUGUGUAUUUAGAACCUUUAAUUGAUGAGUUGAAGGAGUUGUGGGGGGUUGGUGCUAACACUUAUGAUGUGUCAAGUAAUGAAAGGUUUACAAUGAAGGCUGCCUUAUUAUGGACCAUAAAUGAUUUUCCUGCAUAUGGGAAUCUCUCUGGAUGGAGUACGAAGGGGUUUAAGGCAUGUCCUCAUUGUAUGAAUGAAACAGACUCAAAACACUUGAAAAUGAGUCACAAGAUUUGUUAUUUGGGACAUCGCAGAUUUCUACCUAUUGAGCAUAGAUUUCGAAGAUUAAAAGCAGUGUUCAAUGGUUAUGGAGAGGAUCGUGUAGCACCAAAACAGUUGACUGGGAUGCAAUGUUUGGCUGAAUUGUCUAAUUUGUCAUUUACUUUUGGGAAACCUCUGAAACGUGGUGUUGGGCAAAAAAGACAAGGGGCUUCGACUUCUGCUAGUUUAAGAACCACAAGCCGAGCAAAUAGAGACAAUAUUCAAUGGAAGAAAAAGAGCACUUUUUUCCAAUUACCAUAUUGGAAAAAUCUCUUGAUACGACACAACUUAGAUGUAAUGCACAUAGAAAAGAAUAUAAGUGAUAGCAUCUUAGGGACGUUAUUGGCCAUCAAUGGCAAGACAAAGGAUGGAAUCAAUGCUCGUGCAGAUCUUGAACUGAUGAAAAUAAGAAAAAAAAACAACAUCCUCUCAGAGAAGGAAGUAAGACUUUCUUACCUCCUGCACCAUUCACCACGAGUAAAGAUGAAAAGACUUUAA